AUGGCAGCGGUUUCUUUGGACUCUGCGGAACGGCUGGCCUACCGCUUUGUCCAUUCUCUUUCCUAUUUGAGUUGGUUAGUGAUCCUGGUUUUUAUCACUUUGUCGUUGUCAAGGACUUACGCUCUACAUAAGAAUUUUAGUGCCCACAUUGAGAUCUAUAAAAGUUUCAACGAACACCUCUUGGAUCAUCAACAACAACUGGACUUUUCCAAGCGCGGGGAUCCGCUUAGUCUAUGUGUGGGGAAGGAAUGGUACCGAUAUCCCUCAUCAUUCUUCCUACCUCAAACUGCUAUUGAUGGACGUUCCAGGAAACGAGGAGUCCAUCUUCAUUUUCUAAAAAGCGAAUUUUCUGGACUUUUACCGAAAUACUAUCCGCAAGGCAGGUUGCCAUUUAUCACACGCCGCAUCCCAACAGAAAUGAACGAUUUGAAUCAAGAGGAAAUGUCAAGAUACGUUCCACUUGAUUCGUGCGAUUACAUCGUAGAUCUGGAAACUCCGGAUCAAACCACAUCUUUGGAACCCAACUAUGGACUCAUGACCGACACCUUCGCUCGAUUACAUUCUCAUCCUUUUUUGGUAUCGUCAAAAUCUCACUGGUUUUAUCGAGCUUUCUUCGUACCAUACCUAUCUGCAAAACAUACAUCGUUUGCGAAUUAUACCCUUUACCAACGGAUACCUCCUACCCUGAGAAUUUAG